AUGAAGUUUGUCCUAUUUUUCUUGAUUUUCACGAUUUCAAUCUCAAAAUCGCUUGAAAUUGGCUCACUGGCUGAUUAUUCUGUAACAAAUUCAAAGUUUCCAAAUCCCCGAGAAUGUUAUGAAGAAAUUCGGAAUGCUUUUGAAGAAGUUGAGAAUGAUGCAGAAUUCGAAAAAUUGAUGAAAAGUCUGAAAUUGAUUCUGAAAAAAUGUAUGACGAAAGCAUCGUUGGGAAAUCGGCAAGUUCGGCGAGAUCAAAAGGAGAUAAGUCGAAAAAUUUUGGGAGCAAUUGAGUUGGAGCAAAACCUAACAAUUUGUGAUGGCAAUUUACAUCGAGAAAGGUAUUUCGAUUUCGAAAUUGAGAACUGUCUUCAAAGUCAAGCAUCGAAAACUGAAGAUUGUAAUUAUCCGUGGGGAAAAGGUGGAUGUGUUAUACCGUUGUGGAAGAAAUAUUGUGGAUUUGUGUUUUCAGAGGAAAAGUUGGAUUUGCUUUUGUUUUUGGAGAAAGAUCAGGCUAAAUGUGUUGAGAAGUAUCGUUCUAUUUUUUGA